CUUUCAGCGAGUGUUCCAGUCGCAUCUACAGCAUCCCGACAGGCGAACACGGGCACUGCAGGCUCAACCAACAAUGAUUUUCAGAUCCUAGUCUAAAGAACUCUCCGUGCAUCUGCAGGAAACCGAGAGGAAAGGAGCAGAGAGAAAAUCCUACCUACCCAAACAGCGCGAGAGAGAGAGAGUCCGAGUGAGUGCAAAGCGAGAGAGAGACUGGAGGAUAGGCAAGUGGGUUUGUGGAGUAAAAAAAGAACGGCUGGACCUGCCAAGAUCAAGAGGAUUGUGUGUUAUUCUCGGAAUAACCGCAACUGCGCUUAUUUGUAAAGUGUUUUUUUUCGCCAAUCAAAAUGUCAUCGUCUGGGAAAGACAACAGUGGUGCUCAACAUGCCAAUUACGUGGGACCGUAUCGCUUGGAAAAGACGCUCGGCAAAGGACAGACAGGCCUGGUCAAGCUGGGGAUCCACUGUGUCACAUGCCAGAAAGUUGCAAUUAAGAUUGUCAACCGAGAGAAACUCAGCGAGUCGGUACUAAUGAAGGUUGAGCGGGAAAUAGCGAUUCUGAAGCUCAUAGAACACCCUCACGUUCUAAAGCUGCACGACGUCUACGAAAAUAAGAAAUACUUGUAUUUGGUGUUAGAGCACGUCUCAGGAGGAGAGCUCUUUGACUACCUGGUAAAGAAGGGACGGUUAACACCCAAGGAGGCCAGGAAGUUCUUCAGACAGAUAAUCUCUGCGCUGGACUUCUGCCAUAUUCACUCCAUAUGCCACAGAGAUUUGAAGCCAGAGAACCUGUUGUUAGAUGAGAAGAACAACAUCAGGGUAGCAGACUUUGGCAUGGCCUCUCUACAGGUCGGCGACAGUCUGCUGGAGACCAGCUGUGGAUCUCCGCACUAUGCAUGCCCAGAGGUUAUAAGGGGGGAGAAGUAUGACGGCAGAAAAGCAGACAUGUGGAGCUGUGGGGUCAUCCUCUUUGCCCUAUUGGUGGGUGCCCUUCCAUUUGAUGAUGACAAUCUGAGGAACCUGCUGGAGAAGGUGAAGCUGGGAGUGUUCCACAUGCCCCACUUCAUACCCCCAGACUGUCAGAACCUCCUCCGGGGCAUGAUCGAGGUAGACGCCACCAAACGGCUAACGUUAGAACAGAUUCAGAGGCACAACUGGUACAUAGGGGGUAAGAAUGAACCCGAACCAGAGCAGCCUGUUCCCAGGAAGGUGGCUAUACGGAGACUGCCCUCUACAGACGACAUAGAUCCGGAUGUACUGGACAGCAUGCAUUCUCUGGGCUGCUUCAGAGACAAGAACAAACUGAUGAAGGACCUGCUCUCGGACGAAGAUAACCAGGAGAAGAUGAUCUACUUCCUGCUGUUGGACCGUAAGGAGAGGUACCCCAGCCACGAGGACCAGAACCUGCCCCCACGCAACGAGAUUGACCCCCCCAGGAAGCGUGUGGACUCCCCCAUGCUGAACCGCCAUGGCAAAAAGAGACCGGAGAGGAAGUCUAUGGAGGUGCUGAGUGUCACAGACGGAGGCUCCCCCGUACCCGCCAGGAGGGCCAUCGACAUGACACAGCACGGACAGAGGUACACAAACACACAGGAACAGAGGUCAAGGUCCAUAAGUGGAGCAUCUUCCGGUCUCUCCACUAGCCCUCUCAGCAGCCCACGGGUUACCCCUCACCCAUCCCCCCGGGGCAGCCCCCUUCCCACCCCCAAGGGCACCCCUGUGCACACACCCAAGGAGAGCCCGGCGGGCACGCCAAACCCCACGCCGCCCCCCAGCCCAUCUAUCGGCGGCAUGCCCUGGAGGACACGCCUCAACUCCAUCAAGAACAGCUUCCUGGGCUCGCCGCGCUUUCACCGCAGGAAACUGCAAGUUCCCACACAAGAGGAGAUGUCCAGCCUCACACCAGAGUCUUCCCCAGAACUUGCCAAGAAAUCCUGGUUUGGUAACUUCAUCAACCUGGAUAAAGAAGAGCAGAUCUUUAUCUUGAUCAAAGACAAGCCUCUGAGCUCCAUCAAGGCUGACAUCGUCCAUGCCUUUCUCUCGAUCCCUAGUCUCAGCCACAGUGUGAUCAGCCAGACGAGUUUCCGGGCAGAGUACAAGUCCACAGCCGGCCCCACGGUCUUCCAGAAGCCAGUCAAGUUCCAGGUGGACAUCACCUACACAGAGAGCACGGCCGCCCCCAAGGAGAACGGCAUCUACUCUGUCACCUUUACCCUGCUCUCAGGACCCAGCCGGCGCUUCAAGCGGGUGGUAGAGACAAUUCAGGGCCAGUUGCUAAGCACACAUGACCAGCCGGGAGUUCAGCAGCUUUCUGGUAGCCCCUUGAAUAACUUCUUUGACGUAAUUGAAAAACUUUUUUCAGAGGAGAAGAACGGCCAGGUGCCUCACCACCAAACCCCCGCUACCCCAACCACCCGACAUUGCUCCUCUUCCAUGCGAGAAGAUACAAAAUGUCCGCCCGCCACGGGCCGAGACAGAGUCAGGAUGGCGUCCAUUGGGACACCGGAGGAAUCCUAGACCAGGAAACUGUAGUAGCAGUAGAGCCAAAAUGUUAGUUAGAGCUAAGAUGAAGCAUUAAAGAUCCAAACCCGAGUAAUCACUUUACCCAUUCUUAUCAGGGGUUUUGGAAAAGUGGUCAGAGACUUGACAAUGACAAAGCUAGCAGUACUGUAACUGGACUCAAUAUACUUUUUGUAUGAAGGAAUGACUGUGUACAUAUAGAGAAUUUGAAUCAAACAGAUAUUUUACCAAACCCACACACACACAAUCUCCCCUCAUCUUAACACAACCCCCCCCCCCCCACCCACACACACACACCUCACCCCAUCUAAGCGUCCGUGCCAUUUUGUGUGCUCCCCCUCCCCCACUCUUUCGAUCACAUAAUGGCACUGUUCGAAUACUUCAUAAAUACAUCCUUGAAGUAAUCACAGACCUGAAUUGGUUAGAUUGCUGAAAGUAGUAGGGUGGUAACCCCCUGCUAACAUCUAUCCAAUCACUGUGCUUAUCUCAAGGAAACGAGGAAGGAAGGAUCCAUUUCUGUAUUCGUACAGGGCCAUUGUGUUCUCGCUCUUCUGCUCACCUGUGUGAUGACUUGACUUGUUUCUACUACCAGGAGUUAUCCAGAAAACCUAUUAGAUCCUGCCUCCCUGCUCCACUCCGCCUAUCCUCUUCCUCCUUGGCCAUCACUUCAACCCCCCCCCCCCCCUGUCUGCACACCAAGAGAUGGACAUUUGUUGACUGAGCUGGGGGACCGCUUUUCAAGGGGCUUCCUUCGCUACCUCGAGCAGCAGUCCCUGAGGGAGAAAACAGCGAUCGAUAUCCCUCUGAUACACAAGCAUGUUAUACACAUACAAAUGCACACACACACUUUUAUUCCUUCACAGGUAUAUAUACACACACACACACACACACACACACACACACACACACACACCUUCCACCCGCCUACUAACCUCUCCUAUCCCCUCAUUAAAAUGGAGAUUAUUAAGCAUUUAACACCCAAACACACAAUCUCAUUACACAAAUAAAUACACGCUCCCCUUCUCACACACUAUCGCACAGUAUGCAUAGACAAACUCUGGGAUGUAAUAACAAAAUGGACAGAACAAUGAAGUGACCAAGAGGAGAAGCGAAGGAGGAUGAGUUUGUCGAUAUACUGUAGUAUCAACAGCCGACGCGGACGCUUGCUGGAUUGUAUUGUUUCUCUUUUUAAAUGUACUUCCUCUUUCUUUGUGAAGAAACUGGAUUUAAAAAAAAUACUAAAUGGAUGUUUAUUAGACUCAAUACCAUUGCUGCAAAUUGACUGGAAUUUCUAUUUCAGAAAGCAAGGGGGGUAUGCAGUAUGGGUUGGAGGGGGUACGACUUGAUCUGGGGUUGUGGGGAGGGGUGGAGGGAUUCAGGGUGGAGGUGGGUAUUGGGGGUUAUCUAAAUGAAUGAUCUAUUCUGUUGUACAGACUGAAUUCAUUUCUUAUGUAAAAAGAAAAUGUCUAGUUGUGACACAGUGUUUAGAUGUACCGGUAGGACCAGGUUUUACAAACUUGCGUUGCCACUCUUCCCUCCCCCCCCCCCCCCC